AUGGCCAAAGCAAACGCUGUUGGAAUCGAUCUUGGAACGACCUACUCGUGUGUCGGAGUCUUCAUGCACGGCAAAGUGGAAAUCAUUGCCAAUGAUCAAGGAAACCGAACAACCCCUUCGUAUGUGGCCUUCACUGAGUCGGAACGUCUGAUCGGCGAUGCCGCUAAAAAUCAAGUGGCGAUGAACCCGCACAACACUGUAUUCGAUGCGAAACGUCUCAUCGGCCGCAAAUUCGAGGACCCAGCUGUUCAAUCAGAUAUGAAGCACUGGCCCUUCAAAGUCGUCUCAGCCGAAGCCGGAAAGCCAAAGAUUGAGGUCGAGUACAAGGGAGAAAACAAGACCUUCACUCCCGAAGAGGUCUCUUCGAUGGUGCUCAUCAAGAUGAAGGAAACCGCCGAAGCCUUCCUUGGACAAACAGUCAAGGAUGCCGUCGUCACUGUUCCAGCUUACUUCAAUGACUCUCAACGACAGGCCACCAAGGAUGCCGGCGCCAUUGCUGGAUUGAACGUGCUCCGAAUCAUCAAUGAGCCCACUGCUGCCGCCAUCGCUUAUGGAUUGGACAAGAAGGCCGCUGGCGAGCGAAAUGUUCUCAUCUUCGAUCUUGGAGGCGGUACCUUCGAUGUGUCGAUCCUUACAAUUGAGGACGGAAUCUUCGAAGUGAAGUCUACUGCUGGAGACACUCAUCUUGGAGGAGAGGACUUUGACAACCGAAUGGUGGAUCACUUCAUCGCCGAGUUCAAGCGGAAACACAAGAAGGACUUGUCGACAAACCCAAGAGCCCUCCGUCGUCUCCGAACUGCAUGCGAGCGAUCAAAGAGAACCCUCUCUUCGUCGUCCCAAGCUUCGAUCGAGAUUGACUCGCUUUUCGAGGGAAUUGACUUCUACACCAACAUCACUCGUGCCCGCUUUGAAGAGCUCUGCGCUGACCUUUUCCGUUCUACCAUGGACCCUGUUGAGAAGGCUCUCCGUGAUGCUAAGAUGGACAAGUCAUCUGUCCACGACAUUGUCUUGGUUGGAGGAUCGACUCGUAUUCCAAAGGUUCAAAAGCUUCUCUCUGACUUCUUCUCUGGCAAGGAACUCAACAAAUCGAUCAACCCCGAUGAAGCUGUCGCUUAUGGAGCUGCUGUUCAGGCUGCCAUUCUUUCCGGAGACAAAUCGGAAGUCGUGCAAGAGCUUCUCCUCCUUGACGUUGCCCCUCUCUCUUUGGGAAUCGAGACUGCCGGAGGAGUGAUGACGGCUCUCAUCAAGAGAAAUACCACUAUUCCAACCAAAACAUCGCAAGUCUUCACCACGUAUGCGGACAAUCAGCCUGGAGUGCUCAUUCAGGUUUACGAAGGAGAGCGUGCUAUGACCAAGGACAACAACUUGCUUGGAAAGUUCGAGCUUUCUGGAAUCCCACCUGCACCACGUGGAGUGCCCCAAAUCGAGGUCACCUUCGAUAUCGAUGCAAACGGAAUUCUCAACGUUUCUGCCACAGACAAGUCAACUGGAAAGGCGAACAAGAUCACCAUCACAAACGAUAAAGGACGCUUGUCGAAGGAAGAGAUCGAUCGGAUGGUGGAAGAAGCAGAGAAAUACAAGGCCGAUGAUGAAGCCCAGAAGGAUCGCAUUGGAGCCAAGAAUGGACUUGAGUCGUACGCUUUCAACAUCAAGCAAAGCAUCGACGAUGAGCAGCUCAAAACCAAGAUUUCGGCCGAGGAUCGUCAGAAGAUCGAAUCAAAGUGCGAUGAGGUCUUGAAAUGGCUCGACUCCAACCAAACCGCUGAGAAAGAAGAAUUCGAGCAUCAGCAAAAGGAACUCGAAUCUAUCUGCAAUCCCAUCAUGACACGCCUGUAUCAACAAGCUGGUGGAGCUCCAGGAGGUGCCCCAGGAGGAGCCCCCGGAGCUGCAUCUGGAGCUGGAGGACCAACCAUUGAAGAGGUCGAC